UCUACGCUGUUUGCAUCUCGCUUGGAUUGAAUUCGGUCGGUAGUAUGCUUCGGCGCAUAGAUAAUAGACCAAUCUAUUAUCUUCCAUUACCCAUGUUUCAGAGUGUGCUGGCCUCGUAUGUGAUUGCAUUGCGUUUAAUUUAUUUUGAGAUUUGAGUGGUUCGAUUCUAGUGUAUUACAAUCUGUGACGUGUAGUAGGUACGCGUUUAGUUAUGUAGGCCGUCGCAGAACUUUUUGGUAGUUUUCCAACGAACGUUUCUUGAACACGACUGGGUCUGACAAAUACCUAUAGUUCAAUUGGGGCACACAAUAUGGGCCAACCGAUAAGACUUCACUCACCUACAAUACUGAAAUUGUAUCUUACCGAUUGUAAGACUGACGGAGAAGCAAUUUGUACAAAUACGAUGGGUGUUUGUUUUCUUUGUGAUACAAAACUGUGCAGUGAACGAAUACUGGUGAGUUCAAGCAUUACACCACGUCAUAGUAAUGCAUCAAACCAGGAAAAAAUUGUUGAGUUUAUUGGAGAUGAAUUUGUGGUUAUUGUGACCCCUGCAGACCACAUAUGCGAGAAAUGUAUCUCUCUUUUGCUUCAUAUGGACAAGUUGGAAAAUUAUCUGAAACUUGUUAAAAAUGCAAUGUUGUUAUAUAUAUAAAAGAAAUAUGGAAUAUUGCCUCCUGAUCAGGCUGUUAAGAAUGUUGAGAUUGUCAAUGGGCACUUAAACGCAGAGUAACAACUAGAAAAAGAGCAGCGUAAUGUACCUGGUGGUCUGACAGUAAGAGUUUCCCCUACUGAAACUACUUCAGCUAUAGUUAACCCAGUCCAGACUUCUUAAAAUGUUUAAUACACAAUAGCAGCGGCACAAAUAAUAAUAAUAAUAUCAGGGGCUAGUU